CCGGCCCGCCCCCGCGCUUGCGGCCCUCUAGAAGCCGAGGGCGGGACGUGGACGCGGUAGAGCUGAGGCGGCGGCGGGGCGGACGGACGUCGGGCUCUCGGCAUGGCUCGCCUGGGGCUCGGUCUGGUGAGCUGUACCUUCUUUCUGGUGGUCAAUGGUUUAUAUUCCUCUAGUGAUGACGUCAUUGAAUUAACUCCAUCAAAUUUCAACAGAGAAGUUAUUCAAAGUAAUAGUUUGUGGCUUGUAGAAUUUUAUGCUCCAUGGUGUGGUCAUUGCCAAAGGUUAACACCAGAAUGGAAAAAAGCAGCAACUGCAUUAAAAGAUGUUGUCAAAGUCGGUGCAGUUGAUGCAGAUAAACAUCAGUCCCUGGGAGGUCAGUAUGGUGUCCAGGGAUUUCCUACUAUCAAGAUUUUUGGAGCUAACAAAAACAAGCCAGAGGAUUACCAGGGUGGCAGAACUGGUGAAGCCAUUGUAGAUGCUGCCCUGAGUGCUCUUCGACAGCUUGUUAAAGAUCGCCUCGGAGGGAAGAGUGGUGGAUAUAGUUCUGGGAAGCAAGGGAGAAGUGAUAGUUCAAGUAAGAAGGAUGUGGUAGAGCUGACUGAUGACAGCUUUGAUAAGCAUGUCCUUGACAGUGAAGAUGUUUGGAUGGUUGAGUUUUAUGCUCCAUGGUGUGGACACUGUAAAAACUUGGAGCCAGAGUGGGCUGCUGCAGCCACAGAGGUAAAAGAACAAACAAAGGGAAAAGUGAAACUGGCAGCCGUGGAUGCCACUGUGAAUCAGGUUCUAGCCAGCCGAUAUGGGAUUAGAGGAUUUCCUACAAUCAAGAUAUUUCAAAAAGGCGAGUCUCCUGUGGAUUAUGAUGGUGGACGGACAAGAUCUGACAUAGUAUCACGGGCUCUUGAUUUGUUUUCUGAUAAUGCCCCACCUCCAGAGCUGCUUGAGAUAAUCAAUGAAGACAUCACCAAGAAGACCUGUGAGGAGCACCAGCUCUGUGUGGUGGCCGUGCUUCCCCACAUCCUGGACACUGGAGCUGCAGGCAGAAAUUCUUAUUUGGAAGUUCUUCUGAAAUUGGCAGACAAAUACAAAAAGAAAAUGUGGGGGUGGCUGUGGGCAGAAGCUGGAGCCCAGUAUGAACUCGAGAAUGCACUUGGGAUUGGGGGAUUUGGGUACCCUGCCAUGGCAGCCAUCAAUGCACGCAAGAUGAAGUUUGCUCUUCUCAAAGGGUCCUUCAGUGAGCAAGGCAUUAAUGAAUUUCUCAGGGAACUGUCCUUUGGGCGUGGCUCCACAGCACCUGUAGGAGGCGGGACCUUUCCUCCCAUCAUUGCCAGAGAGCCCUGGGACGGCAGGGAUGGUGAGCUUCCUGUAGAGGACGACAUUGACCUCAGUGAUGUGGAGCUGGAUGACUUGGAGAAGGACGAGUUGUGAGGCUCACAGCCCAGCCUUCAAAUUUCUUUUCUUGGGAGCAAGCAGAGUUUUCCAGCAAUUAACUGAGUCUACCAGUGGCCUUUUUUUUAGCCAAGUAGCACUUGAGUGGUCAUUUGAAAACACUGCAACAGUGAAGUUCUGCGUCUCAAGAAAACACUGAAAAAUUCUAUGAAUUGUUGUAGCCAGUGAAUUGGAUUGUAUUCUGUCACAUAUUUUGAAGAGAACUGGGCUGUUGAAACAUUUUUCCCUCUCUGACUGCUGCUUAAAUGUUCUUGGAGGCUGUUUCUUAUAUAUAGGGUUUUUAAAAUUUGAUUCCUUCAUUUGAAUAUUAAUGGCUUUUUCCAUUAAAGAAUAAAAUAUUUUGGACAAUGCUGAUAAAUAGUGUCACAUCAUAAGCUCAGAGUCUGAUGUUUAGCCAGAAAUUACUGUGAACUGAUGGCCCUCACAUCUCCCUGUAAAUGGUUUUAAAAUGGAAAAAGCAAGACCUCUGACUAGAAUUCGAUUCCAUGUAGAAAACUGGUUAUCAAGUAAGAACUGCAUUUCAUACCCGUUUGUCUUCAGGUAUCACAGUGGUUAAUUAUUAGGUUCAGGUGUUCUCU